UAGCUGAUAUGUUUUGCUCAUCGAACCCUUCUUCUCUUCAGAGAGAAAGCCAAAAAGAAAAGAUGCAGAUUUUCGUGAAAACCCUAACCGGGAAGACCAUAACCCUUGAAGUUGAGAGCAGCGACACCAUCGACAAUGUCAAAGCCAAGAUCCAGGAUAAGGAAGGCAUCCCUCCUGAUCAGCAGAGACUGAUUUUCGCUGGUAAGCAAUUGGAAGAUGGUCGAACUCUUGCAGAUUAUAAUAUCCAAAAAGAGUCAACUCUCCACCUUGUUUUGAGGUUGAGGGGAGGAACUAUGAUUAAGGUGAAGACUCUUACUGGUAAAGAAAUUGAAAUUGAUAUUGAGCCAACUGAUACCAUAGACCGGAUCAAGGAAAGAGUUGAGGAGAAGGAGGGAAUACCUCCAGUGCAGCAAAGGCUUAUUUAUGCUGGCAAGCAGCUUGGAGAUGACAAAACAGCGAAAGAGUACAACAUUGAGGGUGGUUCUGUCCUUCAUCUAGUGCUUGCGCUAAGGGGUGGGAGCUUCUAAAUGUCAGAUGUCGAUUCAAGCUCAGACAUGGCUUUCAAUAUGUGCGUAUUACAGUGGUCUUCCUUGUCCAUAAGAACUGGUGUCUAAUUCCAAUGGCAACAAUCGUGUUAUUUUUGUACUGUUUUUAAUGAUUAAACAAAAGUAAUGGCAAGUAUUGUCUAUGCAAUGUAAGCAAAACUUGAAAGCUUGA